AUGAAGAGGGAGCGUCGGACGCUGUCAGUGCCUUCAAUACACUACCAGGACGAAGUUGGUAGCAGCGGUGUCAUUAUGGACUCUGGAGGGUUUCUGGGAACAGGAGCCGGAGGUGGUGGAAGAGGAGGUGGAGCAGGUGGAGGAGCAGGUGGUGUUGGAAAUGGUGGAGGUAACGGGAGCGCGGGGUGGCCUCCGCAACAGCAGCAGCAGCAGCAACAUCAAUUACCAUCAUCCAAUUCUUUGUCUUUAGGGCAGCCGCAUCAGACGUUCAAUCGGUCUCGUUCCGCCUCCACAUCAUCGUUAUCAACACCAACGGGCGCAACCCCGUCUUCAACGAGUGGCACCGCUAAAAAGAAGGUUGUCACUGCUUGCCAGAGAUGCCGGACCAGGAAGAUCCGCUGCGACGGAGUACUUCCGUCCUGCAAAAGCUGCGUUAAGGCUGGUGUUGAUUGCAUUGAGGUCGACCGAUCUGGUGAUAACAACGUACCAAGGAGUCAUGUCCUCGAAUUGGAAAAUAGGAUCAAAUGGUUAGAAGAGCUUUUACGCACCAAUUGCCCCGAUGUGGAUCUUUCUGUUGGGCCACCGGCGGAGCUUAGGUCUCGUCCGGCACCUCCAGCAAUUCGGAUUGUUACUACUGGGCCUGAUAUGCACCCUCCACCAUCGUCGAUAAGCUCGACUUCGUCUCCAGCGUUUGCUCACUCCCCCGCCUCGACUUGUCCUACCCCAGCGUCCUUUGAGUUUUCGCCCUCAGGCAUGUCACCGGGCUACCUGGCUGCAUACAGUCCAUACACCUUCUCCGACUGCCCAUCUCCGGCCCCAAGCCCAGCCCCCUCGAGCCCACUACUGCCAAGUCCUAUGUUGCUACCGCAACAGGAUACGACCGCUCAGGAUGUUGCUCUUAUAUCACUAUCAGCUAUCGAGGAACCUAAAUACAUUGGCCCAUCAUCCGGAAUUUCAUUCACUCGCCUCGUAUUUCGCGAAGCACAGGAUGACCUCCGCCUCACUGAGUUUGAUACAGGCAACAGAGAUAUAAAACCCAAUUUUGCGGCUUCUGGAAGGCGCUGGCCAGGAACUAAUGCAGAGCCAAUACCUCUCCCUAGUUUGGACGAAUGUGGGACCUUAUCAGGUAACUACUUCGACACUGUCGCCCUACAAUACCCAUUCCUAUAUCGUCCACACUUCGAGUCUUGUCUCGAAGCCGUACAUCAGGCAGCGAACAAUGCGCCUUAUCAGCUUCCACAAGGCUACACUCUUGCUGUCGCACGGUUUCAUGUUUUUCUUGUGCUUUCCAUUGGUGCAAAUAUUCUUUCAAAUCGUACCGGCCACCCUAUGGAUUCCGAACGAUAUUUUGCUAGUGCUAUGCAGUGUAUCGAUGACAUCACUCUCACAGGAAGUGUCCAGGCAACACAAAGUGCGUUGCUGUUGGCAAUGAGAUCUUUCCACACUAGUUCUGGCGGGCUUAACCUCUGGUACUUGAACGCGAUCAUCAUGGCAACUUGUGUCGACCUAGGAUUGCAAAGAAAGAUAUUUUUGUUUCAAGAACAUGCUGCGAUAAAACGUCGGGUAUUCUGGUGCGCUUAUACACUCGACCGUAAUCUUGGCAUUUCUCUUGGCAGACCAUUCUCGUUGAGGGACGAAGCGUUUGAUGUGGACUUUCCACGUGAAAAUGACAGCGACGAGGAUUUACAUUAUCCUUCUUCAUUAUCGAUUGGUUCAAGUAUUCCCGCAGGCGCAGGGACUCCUCACUCUUCAUUUUUGGGAUCGAUUUAUCUAUUCCGGAUGACUAGAAUACUGAGCAGCAUUAAAUCUACAUUAUAUCGAAUAACUCCACCUUCAAUGGGGAAAUGGCCCGCCGAUACACAAGAUUGGCAGAAUAAUAUUCACCGCCAACUUAUGGACCUUCGUGACCAAGCACGACUUGGGUUAGGAGCAUCUCGAAGAGGAUCAGGAAGUAGCGGGAACCACCUUGGAAGUGGCCAAAUGGCCGUCACCCGCAUUUCCGCUCCCUUCCGUAUCAGCUCUUCAACAUUGUUUUACCGCAGCCGUAGAGACCGUUCGAAUAUACCACAAGCUUAA